UGUAACCGCAAAUGCGAUCGAGAAGGAUUAGAUUAUUAACAAAAACAAUGGCAGAGACCCAAUUUUCAAAUUUUGCGCUUCACCUUUUAUUGAUUCCUUACUUUAACUGCACUGUUUCUGAAACGCGCAAGACCAGAAACUUCUUCUUCCUCUCUCUCUGCUACACUCCACUCUUAGCUUCUCUCUCUCUCUCUUAAGUCACAGCCAGAGGAUUUUGCCUUUUUUUAAAGUGGGGUUUCUCUGUAACAUUCUCAUCCACAAUCCAAUUUCCCCAUUUUUAAAUGCUCUUUUGGAAUCUCAAGAGUAAAUUUGGCAGAGUUAUCUUCUUCUAUUUUGCUUCCCACUGCUCGCAGUGAUAACAAUGAGAGGACGACGAGGCAAUUUCCCAUUUCAUUUGCCUUCCAUUUUCUUCCUUCUUCUCACUCUCUCAUGGGUUCCUCGACCCAGUUUCCAGCAGCAACCCAUCAAAACCGUGGUGGUUUUGGUUAUGGAGAAUCGUUCCUUCGAUCACAUGAUUGGAUGGAUGAAGAAAUACAUCAACCCAAAAAUCAAUGGCGUCACUGGAGACGAAUGCAACCCUGUUUCAACAAAGAAUCCCAACCCUGAAACGAUUUGCUUCUCUGAUGAUGCCGAGUUUGUAGAUCCGGAUCCGGGCCAUUCAUUUGAAGACGUGUUGCAGCAGGUAUUUGGCUCUAAUUCCAUUCCUUCCAUGUCUGGCUUUGUGGAACAGGCUCUUUCAAUGUCACCAAAUCUCUCUGAAACUGUCAUGAAAGGCUUCAAGCCUGAAGCUGUGCCCAUUUAUGGAGCUUUAGUUCGUGAAUUUGCAGUGUUUGAUAGGUGGUUCUCUUCAAUUCCUGGCCCAACUCAACCAAAUAGACUCUUUGUUUAUUCUGCAACUUCUCAUGGUUCAACAAGCCAUGUGAAGAAGCAAUUAGCUAUGGGUUAUCCCCAGAAAACCAUUUUUGAUUCACUACAUGAGAAUGGUAUCAACUUUGGAAUUUACUUCCAGAACAUACCCACUACUCUGUUCUAUAGAAACUUGAGGAAAUUGAAGUACAUUUUCAAGUUUCAUCAGUAUGAUUUGAAGUUCAAAAAGGAUGCUAGAAAUGGAAAACUCCCCAGCUUAACUGUGAUUGAGCCACGGUAUUUUGAUCUUGUGGGAAUGCCUGCAAAUGAUGAUCAUCCAUCUCAUGAUGUUGCAAAUGGGCAAAAGCUAGUGAAAGAGGUUUACGAGACUCUGAGGGCUAGCCCACAGUGGAAUGAAACCCUUUUGAUAAUAACUUACGAUGAGCAUGGUGGAUUUUUUGACCAUGUCAAGACUCCUUUUGUCAAUGUCCCUAAUCCUGAUGGAAACACUGGCCCUGCUCCUUAUUUCUUCAAGUUCGAUAGGCUUGGAGUUCGUGUGCCAACAAUCAUGGUCUCGCCUUGGAUUAAGAAAGGAACUGUAAUAAGCAGUCCAAAGGGUCCAACUUCAAACUCUGAGUUUGAGCAUUCCUCAAUCCCUGCUACCAUAAAGAAAAUAUUCAAUCUCCCCUCUAACUUCCUGACUCACAGAGAUGCUUGGGCCGGGACAUUCGAGGACAUUGUUGAUCAGCUAAACUCGCCACGAACCGACUGCCCAGUAACCUUGCCUGAAGUGACACCUUUGAGGAAGACAGAAGCAAAUGAAAACAGUGGAUUAUCUGAGUUUCAGAGCGAGGUUGUACAGUUAGCUGCUGUUCUGAACGGCGACCAUUUCCUGAGUAGUUUCCCUAAUGAAAUAAGCGAGAAGAUGACGGUGAAGGAAGCACACGAUUACACUAGAGGAGCUGUUUCAAGGUUCAUCAGAGCAAGCAAAGAGGCCAUCAAGUUGGGUGCUGAUGAAUCUGCCAUUGUGGAUAUGAGAUCUUCCCUUACUACAAGAUCAUCAAUCCACAACUGAAAGCAUUCAUCGAGGGUAUAAAACCUACACGGCUACAUGAAUUCUUAUCCCUUACAAGCUAGAUUUUAGGAGUUGAGAGCAAGUGUAACUAUGUUUCAUACGCUGAAGCUAUAUUGUUGUUUUUGUGUGCAUUCACGUGUAUUAAAGAGUGUCUAAAGGGUUUUUGUAGAUGACUUGUAAGAAAAACUCAAGUAAUCACUACUCACUAGUGCGUUCAUUAUAAGAGUUAACAGAUUUUCUAA